GCACUUUAAGGCAAGCAGCUGAGAAUUCGCCCCAUCAGGUCAACGGAGUCCUGAAUAGAUCAGUCUACAUUCCCUUAAAGCUAUCCUCUGCAGCAGCAGUAGAGAAAAUCGAAUGGGACUUCUUUCACCCCACAAAUGGAAAGCCCUGUCCCCUUGGUGUGGUCAAAGGUGGGAAACUGGAGCAGUCAGAUAUCAGCAGCAGGUCUAAGCAACUGGAGGAGAAGACUGCUGAGAACCUGUUGAGGAUGGGGGCAAAUCUCAGUGACUGGACUGAACACCACAAUGAAACCAUAUUUUGUGGGGAUUUAAAUGGCACACCCCUGUCUAGAGAUCGGCUGGCAUUGGUUAAUAGGACCAUGCUGAAUAUCAGUUUUCUGGAGACAGAGAAUGCUGGAAUUUAUAGAGCACGUGUUUGGUUUAAUGCAGAGCAGUUUAAAGAACACAAAUUUAACCUUGCUGUUUACG